AUGGAGGUAAACGGAGCAGAAAAAAUUGAAUCAGCGAAAGCAGCGAGGGCUCAAAUAUCGAUUGAUAAUGCCGGCCCGUUAUUCAAAGAUAAUUUUUUCGAUCAAACAUCUCAUGAACGAGAACAAACAAUAGAAACGACGGGUGGAACUUCAUGUGCUGGACUGUCUGGGCUGCAGUGUGAUUUAAAGCUUCAUUACAUUCUUCUUGCCUUUGCAGUUUUCCUAUUUUCUAGCAUGUCUUGGAAAUUGAUGAUUGAUGUAGGCAAAACUGAUUCCGCGGGGUGGUUUUGCGGUAACGUUAUCUACAAGCAUGAAAUAGAUGGCAGAAGUUACAUAUAUUCCAUUUAUAAAUAUGCUAAGAGAGAAAUGGGCUGUGAUAUGAGUGACAACAGUGAUCUCAAAGAAAGAGUAGUUGACACGGUAAGACGAGAUUUCGCGAAUAAUAAAAUCGGCAGUUGUGUGACUAUACUUGAAACGGAGAGGGUAGUAGCCUAUGCUAAGGUUCUAAUGCCCCAGUUCAGAGAAAUUACCCUCAACGACUUGCUUUGCGAAGCUGUUAAGGGUUGGAAGGUUCCUAAUUAG